AUGUCUUCAGAAACAACUUCCACCUCUCGAAAGAAGAGAGCCUCUACGGACUCACAGCCAGCACCUGAAGGAGAUCAUCGCAAAAGACGUCGCAACAGGACGACCCAGUCAUGCCUCAAUUGCCACACAUCCAAGCGCAUGUGUGACAGAAAACGACCGGCUUGCGCUCGUUGCACCCAACUCGGGCUGACAGGGCUGUGUGUCUAUGAGGUCGAUGAUCCUAGUCAAAGGACCGAUGCUCAGGACGAGAGCUCUCGUCUGUUGAAACGAGUUGCCGAACUCGAGGGGGUCAUUCGAGAGCUCAAGAACAAGCCCCAUCCCCGAUGGAUUCAGCCCGCAAGCUCCGGGGAGGAUUUCGAAAAAUGGCAAGCACGGCUAGCCGCAGGCGACGAAUCCUGUUCAUCAAGCGCCCCAUCGCCUCCAAAUUCCUCGCCCUGCUCUGAGAGAGGCGGCUCAGUCUCCGGUAGCGCAUCUCACUUCUCCCCCCUGUCUCGCGUUCCGAAUGGGACGUUUCCCGUCCAUCUGCAGGCGAACCUGGACUCUGAUUGCAAAUCCCCAUAUAACCAAAACUCUCCUUUGAACGUCUCGUCUCCGAUACUCCUUACACCAAGUGACGAGUACCCUCUAUCGACCAUCGGAAUCGCCGACCGAGGAUCGAUAGCUCUAUCCAAUGACUACGACUUGGCCUCGAUGUUCCUGACAUACCCCAACUUGAUGGGGUGCAACGACGGGAAUUUUUCAUCCUUAGGAGAAGCGAGGCUCAACAAGCACUGCGGCUGUCUUCAUGAGACAACUAGCUACAACGCGAUGCUUGAACUCUCUCUACGGCUGAGGAAAGCCUCCGACGUCCUUGCACAAUCCCCAAGCCAUCACGUAGGCAGGUAUUGCGCCCUCCGACAGCGUAUCUCGGAAUUGGACACCUUCACGACACAUGUCCUGAGCGACAUGACCUCUCCUCCCGGAAACAUUUCUGACACACUGCAUGGAGGCUUCCAUGCCAUGUACCCUUCAAGACCUCCAUUUGGAUCACUGCAGAGUAUACGUCCAUGGGAUGCUGCGGUAUCUGGGGAAAGCUCCCCUGCUUCGCUCGACGAUUCAUUCAUGACUUGGGAACCGCCGCGGAGGUCUUGA